CUCCCUCCCCCCUCUCUCUCCACCGCAAACUGCAUUUCUUUUGUUUUGAAAACUUUGAUCUUUUGCAUCAAUGGCGACCUCUGCAACUCCCAUCCUCAAAGAUGAGCUCGACAUUGUGAUACCCACCAUAAGGAACCUCGACUUUCUUGAGAUGUGGAGGCCUUUUCUUCAGCCAUAUCACCUCAUCAUAGUCCAAGAUGGGGACCCAACAAAGGUUAUCAAGGUCCCCGAAGGGUUUGAUUAUGAACUCUAUAACAGGAAUGAUAUCAACAAGAUUUUGGGUCCAAAGGCCUCUUGUAUCUCUUUCAAGGAUUCGGCCUGUCGAUGCUUCGGAUACAUGGUUUCGAAGAAGAAGUACAUAUUCACCAUUGAUGAUGAUUGCUUUGUUGCAAAGGACCCAACUGGUGAACAGAUCAAUGCUUUGGAACAACACAUUAAAAACCUUUUGAGCCCUUCAACCCCUUUUUUCUUCAACACACUCUAUGAUCCAUAUCGCGAUGGUGCGGAUUUUGUUCGUGGAUAUCCUUUCAGCCUCCGGGAGGGUGUCCCGACCGCUGUUUCUCAUGGUCUUUGGCUCAACAUCCCUGAUUAUGAUGCUCCCACCCAACUGGUCAAACCCCGUGAAAGAAACACUAGGUACGUGGAUGCUGUUCUAACAAUACCGAAGGGCACUCUUUUCCCUAUGUGCGGAAUGAAUCUUGCAUUCAACCGUGAACUUAUUGGCCCUGCCAUGUACUUUGGCCUAAUGGGAGAUGGCCAACCUAUUGGCCGUUACGAUGACAUGUGGGCUGGUUGGUGCACCAAGGUUAUCUGUGACCACUUGGGAUUGGGAUUGAAGACUGGGUUGCCGUAUAUAUGGCACAGUAAGGCCAGUAACCCGUUUGUGAACUUGAAGAAGGAAUACAAAGGAAUAUAUUGGCAAGAAGAGCUCAUCCCCUUCUUUCAAUCUGCUACGCUCCCAAAAGAAUGCACGACUGUGCAAAAGUGUUACAUUGAGCUUUCUAAACAAGUGAAGGAGAAGCUUGGGAAGGUCGAUCCUUACUUUCAAAAGCUUUCGGAAGCCAUGGUUACAUGGAUUGAAGCUUGGGAUGAGCUCAACCCAAGCUCCAAGUCUGAUUCUGCACUCCCCAAUGGACCUGCAAAAGUGAAAUAGGAGAGGGAGGGAGAUUGCUUCCUUUUCAUUUUCUCCCUUUUCCCAUCUAUUUCACCAUCUUGCAAAGAGCUCCACUUUGAAAUCUUGGUUUUCUUUCACCUUCAUUUCUAGAUUCUCCAAUUCUCAUUCUCUUAGUAUAUCUCUCUCCAUUGUUCACAGAUUUCCUCUCUCUCUCUCUCUCUCUCUCUCAAACUUGGUUUCCUCUAUUUUUAAUUUAUUCUAGUUUAUUAGUGGUAUUGUAAGUUUUCUGAGCAUCGGAUGAUCGGAUCGUUGUAUUUUUGGCAUCUGGGCAGCUUUAAUUUAUAAUUUUUGCUGGGUUCUAAAUGUUUCAUUUACUAUUUUCAAUACGAGAUGGUUCUUAUAUUUGAUUUUAUAAAAUGUGUGGGGUGGGCAUUCUGUUUCA